UGCGAGGUCCGCGCUGCCCCGUGGCCGAAGGCGGAGCCUGUGCGUCAUCAGCGCGCGCCGCAGGGAGCAGAGCGGUCCCGUGGACGGUCCCCCGUGGCCAUCGGCGGGCGCGCAGGGGCCUGACGCGGGCGGCUCUGAGCCAUGGGCAGGACCUACGUGGUGGAGGAGGCCGUGGGCCAGUACCUCUCCAGCGUCAGCCUCCAGGGAAGGGCGUCCGUCUCCGGCCUGCUGAUAGGACAGCCUUCUCCGCAGAAGGACUACGUGAUCCUCGCGGCUAGGACGCCGGCCCGAGAGGAACCGGGCGAGAAGAGCCCCGCCCGGCCGGCUGCCCUGGACGGCGUGGACGAGGAGUGGGUGACCGCGCACGCCUGCCAGGUGUCCAGGAUGCUCCCCGGGGGCCUCCUCGUCCUCGGCGUGUUCCUCGUCACGGCCGCGGAGGCGGGCAGUGAGCUGCAGGCCGCCCUGCGCAGACUCAUUUUCGCAGUGGGCCGGUCGCUAGACCAGAAGAGACUGUGGCACUUCACGGACGAGGAGACGGCCGAGAGAGCGGUGCUCCAUAUCUGCUCGUCCACCAAGAAAAUCUCCUGUCGAACGUACGAUAUCCAGGACCCGAAGAGCUCGGCCAAGCCUGCGGACUGGAAGUACCAGAGCCGCCUCUCGGCGUCCUGGCUCUCCCUGGAGUGCACGCUGGACGUCAACCUGCACAUCCCCCUGUCGGCCGCCGCCGCCAGCUGCCCCCUGGAGAAGAACACGAAGAAUGGGCUGGCUCGUUGGGCCAAGCAGAUCGAAAACGGCGUCUACCUGAUUAACGGACAAGUGAAGGACGAAGACAGUGACCUGGUAGAAGGGCAGAAAAAGUCCCGAGGAAACACCCCAGCAACUGGUCCCUCCUUCGAUGUCAGAGUGCUAAGGCAGCUGCUGCUGAGCCCAGACCGCGGGUCCACGGCCUCCGUCCAGGUCUGCAGUGGCGCCGUGAACCUCAGGGGUGCCGUCAAGUGCCGGGCCUAUCUCCACGGCAACAGGCCCAAGGUCAAGGAUGCCCUGCAGGCCGUGAAACGGGACAUCCUGAACACCCUGGCUGACCGCUGUGACCUCCUGUUCGAGGAGCUGCUUCUGAACGAGAGCCCGGAGGGAGACCCCCGGAGCCCCCGGGAGACCCACGUGCUCCCUCUCCGGGUGUUCGUCCCCAUCCCUGGCUCCGCGGUGAUGCUGUGUGACUACAAGUUCGCCGAGGACUCCGCUGAGGAAAUCAGAGACCAUUUUGCGGAGAUGUUGGACCGGAGUUUCCAGACGGAGGACCUGGAAGUCGCCGAGGAGGUCAGCCCAGUGUGUCUCGUGACUUCCGCUGCAAAUCCUGAAGCAUCUCCGGACAGCCCGAGUGUCCAGCAGCCGGAACAGCCCAGCGACACCACCAUCGUGCUGAAGAUUCAGCAGAACAUAGGUGUGAUCGCGGCUCUGGCCGUGGCAGUGCUGGCGGCCGCCGUCUCCUUCCAUUACUUCAGCGACUAGGCCAAGGCCCGGAGCUUCCCCGCGACCCCCGGGAGGGACUCGCCAGGAGGGAGCUCCGGACGUCGGGGUCAGGCCGCUCGAGACCCCUCCCUCACUCAGGCUUCCAGAAAUAAAGUCGAGCAUCUGCAUGGGAUCGACCAGAACAAACCGUGGUUCUUUGCUUUGUUUUUUUUUU